UACCUUAAGCCGAGAUCCACUCAGUACAAGAUUAUAGCCGACCUUCCAGACUCCAACAAGGGGGCUGGAGAUGACUAUCUUAUUGCCUCUGGAAAUUGGGAAUUUGGCCCAGAUGAAGAUGUCCACCUUUACCCUCUUCCUCGAACACUUACAGAGGGCAAGAGUAAGAGCCCUGAGUCAACACUUAAUUAUUUUUACUUAGGACUUUUAAAUACUUUUUGUUUCUGACGUCUGUUUCUUUGCAGAUCUUCAUCAACCACCGAAAAAUUUUCGUCAAUCCUUCUUCCCAGGACCAGAUCUGAGAACACUUCUGGGCCUUCCAAUCCUUAAACGAAAAGCCCCAGUAUUAUUAAACUUUGUCCCCACACACAAAUCCAUUUUACCCGACGUCCCUCGAAAAAGGAAGAAGAGUCUCUCCCCACCAACAGCCACAACCUUAACUGCUUCUACAUCUCGGACAGAUCAAGAGUCCACACCUGACCCAGCCGAUCUUCCAUCAACUUCGGCCCCCUUCUUAAUACCAAUUCCUGAACGUAAACGCCGACGAAGGCUAGUAAAGACUGCCGAAAUGGUUCGUCCGAGGCCUGUCGUCCAAGACCUUCUCGCCGAUAUUCCAACUGAUGCCGAAGCCGCACCGGCGCAAUCAACGCUCCCUCCCAAACAAAAGAGAGUAAAAAAGGCUCAGCCUAAGGCCAAGGCUACAGACGCCGAGGCUGAGGAUGCUCUGCCGAUUUCGAGGCUGGCUGAAAGCAAAAAAUCAACUUCUACUUCAACCAAAAGGUCUGCUGAGGGCCAACCCUCAGGAUCUACACAAACAAAGAGGCCAAGGUCAUCGUCUGCGACGACCUCGGCUUCAAAGAAGCCCGACGUCCCAUGGGCCCCUGAUCUUUCUCUGGAGGACAGGCCUAUCAUGGCUAGUGAAAGUGCUGAUGAUAUCAACGUUGCUGUUGCCCUUAGCACUGCUCUUCUUCUACCGAAUGACUUGGAGCGAAAUGCCAAGUUCAGUGAGUAUGAAAAUUACGCUCUGAUGCUCCAACACUCUGCUCAAGCUAUCCAACAUGCCCACUCAUUUUCAAUGCAAUCCUUUGAGAAUCGUCAAAGAUUGGUUGAUAUGAAGAGGGAAGCGACCUCAAUGAAGAGAGAAUUAAGGGCUCUUGAAGUAAAAAUGAAGAAACUAGAGGAUCAAGCCGAGGCUGCGACGAAGAACCAAACCUUAGCUCUUGAGAAGGCCGAAGCUGCUGAGGCCGUUAAAAAAGUAGCUGAAGCCGAGAAAAGGGAGGCCGAGGCUCAGAAGGUCCAAGCGCAAAAAGAACUUCAACAAGCUCUGGCCACCAAGGAGGCCGAAGUCAAAGAGGCCGAUGAAAAGGCCUAUGCUCAAGGCAUGGCCGACGUUGCAGAAGAAUACAAACUUCAAGUCAGGCAGGCAUGCAACAGGGGAUUUUCCCUUGGUUGGAUGUCUCUGAUAAAGAAGCUUGAUCUCCCUGCUGACUCGCCAUUGCGCCAAGCCGAUGCUAAUCUUCUACCAUUUCUUCCUCCAAGUCAAGCUGAGGAUGAAUCAGAGACCGAGGUAGAAGCUGAGGGUGAAGACGAAGAUGAUGGAUUGCAAACUGAGUCCCUGUCAACCAAAUGGUUACUUGAAUCCUCUCCUAUUCCUCCCUACAAAAAUCUAUAUGCAGCUUCCAAUCUCUCGGCAACAAAGUAA